AUGGCGGAAGUGGUAGGCCUGGUCGCCAGUGUCGUGCAGCUGGCUGGCGCUGGCUUGAAGCUGUCCCAGACGCUGUACCAGUAUGCCGAUGGUGUGGCUUCUGCCGAUCGCAGAAUCAAGGAUAUCGCGAACGAAGUUAAGCUCACAAGCUUCGUCAUACAAGAGCUGGGGACCAUCUUCGAGAGAGACGAGACUGCAAACCUGAUUUCAGAAAAUGCAGUCAGGACGGCGAACGAGACAAUCAAGGAGUGUUUUGCGGUUUUCACGGAACUUGAGUUGAAAAUCAACAAGGGCAAGCCAGGGAAGAUGGGUCGGCUGAUGUUGCCCUUCAAAGACAAUAAGAUCGAACUGCUCCGAAGCCAAAUCGAUAAGCUCAAGAGCACGCUGGAGCUGUUGAUGCAGGUACUCAUACACGCCCAUCAAGUUUCAUCGGAGAAGUACAAUCGCGAGGCUGAAGCGAAGCACCGGGAAGAGAUCAAGCAGUUACUCGAGAACAAGAAGCAGGCCACAAAGAAAUACGAGGAGUCGCUGAGAAAUUUCAGUAUAAGCGAUGGCAGCACUAUCGUUGAUGAUGGUGAUCGAUCGCUACAGGAUAAAGACGACAUUGAUCCGUCGUCUGACCUCUUCAACACUGCUGGAGCUAUCGGCUCAACAAUCAACCCCGAUACGCUUGCCACAUGCGUGGACCAUGUACGAAGCUUGCUUGCAGACAUUGAGACACUGCAGCUUGCUUUGGCCGAACAAGUAAAUGGCGAUGACCACUCAGAUCACCAUCAGAAGGCUAUCGGAUCUUACUUCCUCGCUCGCUCUCAUCUCGACAGUGUCCUGCUUGGCAAGUCUCAAGCCAAUGCCACUGAUGCGAGAUUUCGGCAAUCAAUCAGCAAGAAGCGCACCAACACUUCCUCCGUGGUAUCCGAUGUGGCGGCACAUGUAGAGCCUCCCAGGACAUCUCGCCCCGCUGAUUUGAGACCCGAAAGGUCAAGAGAUGAGAUGGUGCAGAGCUCCGAGCUGGAGCGAAAGCGAGAACGACAUAGUGCUAUUUACUACCAACCUCCUGAGAGCUUGCUCGAUGAUGAGAGUGAACUAGCUUUGCUGGAAGAACGGGAAGUACGUCUCGAGCGCGAAAGACGAGAUGAAAUGAUGGCCACAACAGGCUACCGUACUGCAAUGAACACAAAAAGCGAUGACAUAUUUGUCGGCUUGUCUUCUAAGGCAGAGUAUAGGUCAAGUAGUUACCGCGCGGCUUCCUCACCUAAACUCCAAAAGACUAGCACUGGGACCGACACAGAGACGGAUGAAGCUUCAGACGGUGGACUUGUAACCGAGGUACCUGAUCGAAUCGAUCUUAUGCAUAGAGCAGCUAGAAGGCGCUAUGACCGCCUACCUGUACAGCCAUCGCAGUCAGCCCGAGAUGAAUCCCCUUUAUCUUCACACGGAUAUACAUCUGAAGAGAUAGAAAGCAGCCAUUAUGCAUCUAGUGAAUCCAAUCAAGAGGCCGAACGACGUUCCAAGAAGGACAAGAACAAGAACGAACAGAUAGAAACAGGAGAACGGAGGAGGCGCCCGCGUCACUUCCGAACAACAGCAGAAUUCCUAACCGUUGGACGUUCACCCGUUAGUCAGGUCGCCCCGUUCGCAGGCUUACAAGACCCAUGGGAUUUGCGCAACGACGGAAUUGCACCUCCUAUCGACCAAGCUGAAACGAAAGCUAAGGAAGAAGAGAGGGCGGAAAGAAGAGAGAGAAGGCUAGAAGAAGCGAGAAAGAGGAUCAAAGAAGUGAAAAGGAGGAUGAGAGAAGAAGGGAAAGAGGAUAUGAGAGAGGAAAAGAGAGAGGAAGAACAAAAACGACAAGAGCAAGAGGAGCGGAAAGGGUCGAACACGGAUUCAUCUUCGACUCGUAGUAGUGGUAAAGUACCCCACUGGCAACGCGCGUCGUCAGGGGCGUCGAGGACACGCAAGCCUAUUGAUCGCAACGAAGACAUCCCAGAGUCAGCAGGCCUAAGAGGUCGCAUCGGCGCAGCUACCAGACACCAUGAACGGUCACGCUCCCGCUCUCGUGUUCUGGUCGGCGUUAGUUCUGGAGUUUGGCAGUUCCAGUACAAGCCAGCAGAAGACGAUAGCGACAAGCAAGCAGAAGACGAUAGCGACAAGCAAGCAGAAGACGGUAGCGACAAGCAAGAAGAGGGUACGGAUCGCGAGUCGGAGUCGAACCGAGAUGAGGAGAGGGCAGAAGAGGAGCGAAUGCAAUUUGUACGGCAGAGACAAGAGAGCUCGGAAGAGUACUCUUCCCCAAGUAGUCAAGAAGACACUUCAGAAAAUGAAGAGGCUGAGGAUUCAUGGAAUUACAUUGAUGAGACGGAAAAGGUAAGUCAGGUGGACGAGGUGGAUGAUUUACUAAGGGAAUGGACUACUCUGCUUGGAUGA